CAAAAAUACAUAAUUAUAUUUAUUUAACAAAAAACUUUUUACGAAAGAUAUGGACGAUAUCGAUUAUGAAAAAGAUGAUAACAUUUCGUCGAAGAAAGAUCCAGAUAAAAAAGUUGAUAACAUUUCAGAUCGUCAAAUUGUAAUUUGUCAAGAUGGAAAAUAUGUUGCUAUAUUCGAUACAGUAAAUCUUCGGAUAGAAAUACUACAGAACCCUGAUUAUCGUCCAUUAAAUAAGAAAAAGGAUAAUUUUGGAAAUGAGAACGAAUUUAAACCCAUCGAGAUUAAUAAAACAAUCGCUUGUUUUAAAAUAAACGAAGACUUAACUAUUAACAAGUUUUAUGACCAUGAUCCUCCUUCAUUUGAUCACAGCAACGUUAGUCCUUCAAAAAGUGAUGGAAACACAACAAAAAGUGAUGGAUUUAGGUGGUCUUUUGAUAUAUCAAAUAUGUACAAAAUGAAUGAUAGAUGCUAUCAGGAGAAGGAGAAAUUGAACCCCCAACAAGAAAGCAAACAUUUUAUUCUUAUCGCCUUGUCUCGCAUUAACGUUAACGAGGAUAUGAAAGGAGAAAUCGAGAAGGAAAAAGAUGACAAUGAAAAAUCCAAUUAUAAAAAAGUGCAACCUAGUGAAAAGGUAUACCCUUCACCACCCAAUGGAAAUGAAUAUAUAGUGAAUAUAUCACCAGAUUCCAGUAGAGAUGAAAGUAAAAAAGGAAUCGCUAUUUAUCGUAUUGAAUUAAAUCAAAAAGAAGAGCAUGAAAGUGAAGAAAAUGAAAAAGAUUCUGAGAAAAUAGAAAAUGUAGAGAAGAAAAUUCAUAUUACCGCUGUGACUGAUUAUUAUUAUUCUGAUGAAAUUUCUGGAAUAUGUAAAUUCAUAUAUUCAAGUAAAGCAAGUGAAGAUUAUGAAGACGAAGACGAUGAAUCACGUGAUACCAUCCUAAAAAGAUUUAUGGAAAUAUGUAAUAAAAAAUCAAGUGAAAAUGAAAAAGACAAAGACAAAUCACGUGAUACCAACCUAGAAAGAUUUAUAGUAUUAAAUUACCAUGGGAUACAUGGGUUUGAAUUUAAUGAUCAUUUUGAUCAUUUUUUAAAAUUAAAUGCAGAAAUUUUUCAAUAUCCACAAAAUAUUAGAAAUGAAUUAGAUAAUUAUUAUAUAGGUCGUAAUAGUUGCAUGAAUAGAAUUCUUUCAUGUAUUUACAAUAAAUAUUUUUUGAUCACACGUUAUAAAUAUGACGUGCAAUCGCUUGAAGUUUACAAUCUGGCAAAAAUGGAACAUGAAAUUGACGCAACACUUGUUGAAAAUAUCGUAAAACAAUACGAUAAUUAUACCUUUUCAGUUAGUAGGUUACAACUUUGCUUUGCUCAGGUUGAUACUAUUAAAUUGUUUCAUAUAGAAAAUGGCUUGCAAAUCGUAUCAAAAAAAUUUAAAGAAAUAAAAAAAAUACAUUUAUUGGAAUUUAUUGAAAGCGAUGAAAAACUACUUAUAAUAGGAAGUCUGAAAAAGGGUGAAGAUCUGGAAAGCGACAAAGAUCAGGAAAGCGACAAAAAUCAGGAAAAAGGCGACAAUAAAGUGCUGCUGAAGUUUAUAAUUUGGGAUCUAUAUGAUACCGGCAAAUAUGAAUUGAUGAAGUUAGACGAUUUUUCAUUUACUAAAACCAAUAGAGAGAAUAUUUAUCCUCGUUUAGCACGAACUUCAGGAAAUAUUUUAUAUAUCAAUGAUCAUGGAAAUGUUUCAUCUGUUCUUGCAAAUGCUAAAAAGUUAAAACCAAAAGAUGUGGAGAAUGAAAAAAAGAGGAUUCCACGUACCGCCUGUCGUGUGAAUAGUAGUGGCACAGAACCAUGGAUAUUAAGUUUUAAUCCUAUUCUCUAUUGCCUUUAUUGUAACAAAGAGGAAACAAGAUCAGAAACUUUACAACUUACUGUUGGUAGAUCCACGGUUCAAAUUUGGCGUCUGAUCAGUGAUGAUAGUAUAAAAAAAGAUGAUAGUAUUAAAAAAGAUGAUAGUAUAAAAAAAGAUGAUAGUAUAAAAAAAGAUAAACUUCUUAACAAAGGAGAACCAUUCCUUGAAUAUAUAUGGUCAAAUAAUAUUCCAGUAAAUCAAGAAAGGGACCAAACAAAGUUGCGAAUUGAAAUGUUUGAAUCUGAUGGAUUACAUAAUAAAGUGGAUGAUUUUCAAUUGAAUGUUUAUUGGUAUGAAAGAAAAGAUGAUGAGGAGAAUACAAAAAAGAAAGGACAUGCAAAAAAGAAAGAGCGUGACAUAAUAAACAUAAUAAAGGAAGAAGAUGAUGAAAUAAAUAAAAUAGAAAAAGAUUUAAAAGAUAUCGAUGAAAACAAUAAUAUAAACGAAACGGAAAAAGUGAAAAAAAAACAAGAUAUAAAAGAUAUAAUAAAUAAUAGUGAAAAGAUAAAAAGAUGUGAAAAAGUAAUUCGACGAAAGGAUGUUAUAGAAAAAUUUCAUACAGUAAAACAUGCUUGCAAAGCGUUAGUACAUAUGAAAAAGCGUUAUAAAAAUAAUAAAAAUAAUUAUAAAUAUGAGGAGAUGAUUAACUACGUCGAACAUAUAGUCUGGAGAUUUGCUAAGUAUGAACCAGAAAAUUUCAGAUUAUUAGAUGUUCGAUAUAAUCUUAUGAAAAAUUUAAUAAUUGGUGACUGUGAUCGUUUGGUAAAAUUUAUAUUAUUUGAAUAUGGAGAAACCUCUGAAAAUAAAAUUGAUUACAGACAUGUACCAAGUAAUAAAUCAUGGCCAGAAAAAAAGUUUUUAAAAGGUGAUGACCUUGACAAAAGCGAUGAUGACAAAUUCAUGCUAGAAAAUAAUAUGGAGUUAGCAAUUUAUCAUUGUAGAGGUCGUGAGCUUAAAGAUGCGAUCAUUGUUGCAUAUCUUUUGGAAUAUUAUUCUAGAAAUCCAACAAAUUGUGUGGGCUGGUUGUGUACUGUUUCUAAGACGAUUUUGCCAGAAAGUUAUUUAUCAGAUGUUUUGCAGAUCAGGGUAUUCUCGGUGAUCCCUCAGUUCAAGAUUCUGAUGAAAUUAUUCCGAAAGAAUACUUAGAAAGUUACAAUAAUGACACCAAAUUUAGAGCUUUUGCACCUGAAGUUGAACUGAAGUCUGAUAAGUCUAAGUGGUACGAUAA